AACCAGAUCGUCCCGUCUCGUCUCUGCCGCCAACGCUGCAACUCCCUUCUCUUGCUUCGCAGCCUUCAGCCGGCGGUCCACUUCCCGGCGAAAAAUCCGGCCGCCGUUGCUUCACCGGAAGAGGCUCAUUCGUUUCUCCAAUUGUUAGUAGCUUCUCGGAAACUCUUGUCUGCACGAACUGAAUAAGCAAAACAAGCUCUUCGGUGGUAGUUCAUAGUUUCUAUAUCCGGAUUGUCACGUGGUCGUAGUGUUCGGCAUAUUAUUGAACUGUUGUGGAGAAGGGCUGACGAUGGCAUUGUCUUGUUCUGCUUCAACAACUUCCACAUUUUAUCGCAGACUGUUUUAUCCGAAGCCUUCCGCUUUUGUUACUCUGAGAUAUAGCUCUACUAGUGAGAAACUGUUGUGCCUUGCUGUAAGAGGAAAAUUGGGUUUCUCUCUUUCGAGAACGCUCUUGAAAACCCUUUACCGAGCAUAUCCCCUUAGGAGACAGCAGCAGCUUGGAGUGUGGGAAGAACCUGAUGAGGGAAGUGAUAGUGAGUACGAAGAUGAAGAAAAUGGGAGUGAAAUAGAUGAGAACGAUAUGGAUUUUGAGAGUGACUGGGAACAAGAGGAAUUUAGGGGGUCAAGCGUUGCAGUGACUGCUGGUGGGUCCUCCUCAAAUGACUAUGAAGAGGACUUGGUGAAAGAGGUUGAGCAACUCCUGGGACCAGAAGAAAGAACAAUUCUGCAGGAGAACACUACUCCUAAUUUGGAUAAAAUAUCGACAGCAAAAUGGGUACCACUGCAUAGUCUUGCAUUAGCAGGACAGAUUCCUUUCAUUGACGGGCUGCUCGAGAAUGUUGUUGAUAUUGAUAUGGUUGAUAAGGAUGGUCUUACUGCUCUCCACAAAGUGAUAAUUGGUAAAAAGGAGGCUGUAGUUAGUCAUCUACUGAGGAAGGGUGCAAAUCCUCAUGCCAAGGAUCAGGAUGGGGCCACCCCUCUGCAUUAUGCUGUUCAAGUCAGUGCCAGACAAACUGUUAAGUUACUGAUCAAAUGCAAGGCUGAUGUCAAUGUGGCAGAUAAUGAAGGGUGGACUCCGCUGCAUAUUGCAAUGCAGACUAGGAACCGAGAUAUUGGGAAAAUUUUAUUGGUGAAUGGAGCUGACAAAACAAGAAGAAACAAGGAUGGGAAAACACCUCUGGAUCUAUGCUUAUGCUAUGGCAAGGACUUUAAGUCAUACGAUAUUGCGAAAAUGCUGAAACUCACACCGGCUAAUAACCGCGACUAUUGACAAUUCUGGGCGCCACAACAAUCUUCUCAGCUUCUGAUAAGGGGGUUUGAUUGCUUUUGCAUUUCGUAGAGACCAUCUCGAAGUGAUACAACUUCUCAGAUCAACCUGAGAACUGAUAUGCAACCGCAGUUGAGGUUGUUCUAUCUCUCACACAUUAUUUAUCGAUGCACUGGUUUUGGCUCGGAAGCAAAUUAUGGCUCUGAUGUGACUUCUCGAGCAUUGCACUAUAGGUCCCUUUUGUCUUAUAUACAGACCGGGCUGGUUUCAUGUAAAUACGCGAUUGACUUGUCUAUUAUGAUUGAACAACUUUCCUAAACCAACUUAAUGUUGGUGUAUAAUCAUGAGAAAAGGUGCAUGGUGCA